UUUCCACCCUCCCCCAUCUUUCUCUCUUUCUGAGGUUCAGUCAGAAAGCCAACUUUGCAGAGUCAAGAAAGCCCCGGCAGGAUCAGAUACAGCAGAGGGUUUCUGUCACUGAAAUUCAUCACAUUCAUAUAUGGACUCUAUUUAACUCUUUUGGACUCAGUUGAAAGGCAGAUUGCUCCAUUGAACUAUUUUGAACCCUGGACUCUACUGGUACUUCACUGGACUUUAUUUUGGACUCUACUGGACUCAACUGGACUUUCCAGGGGAUUCCACUGGACUGCACUGGUUUCUAUUAGAAUCAUAUAGGAUCUGGUCAAAUCUGCUUUACUGUGGCAGCAGUGCUGAUAGUUUGCUGAUGAAUGGCAUUUGGCCCAUUCUGCACUGUAGGGGUAUUUGUCUAAGGGCUUGGGCAAUCCAAGGUAAAUUAAGGUAAUCCAGUGUCAGUUUUGGAUGUGUCUGCCUCAGAUUACUUUGAGUAAAAGGUCAAUUAGACCAGAUUAUUUAUUCAAAUACAUUAACAGGAUAGGGGGAAAAAAGUAUUGGGUCAGGUUUGUUUGAAUAGAAUAUAUAAAAUAAUUAUUUUCCUUCAUCAGGUUAUUUAUUGGGGUACUCAUUUGAAUGUUGGCCUAGUUUAAACCUCUUGUCUUGGUGGAGGAUGCAAAAGACCACCAGGAGCAGUAGCAGCUGCAGCAGCAUGAGUCUCCUGUGUGUCCUGUGGCUGCUGAUGGUCUGUCUGGCUCCUGGAAGCCAAGGCCAGAGGCUGAGGGAGACGGAGGCAGAGACGCCAGCAGCCAGCGCUCAGCUAGCGGAGGGAGAUGCCCUCUGCCACCAGGAGGGAUGCUACGCUGUCUUCCUCCAGAAGAGAACCUUUAGGGAGGCUGGGCGGAGCUGCCGGGAGCGAGGUGGGACCCUGGCAACAACGCAUACCCAAGAAGCAGCGGGUGUGGUCCAUGAGCUGCUGUCGGCCAUCGAGGGAACCAGGUCAAGGCUUCGUCUCUGGAUCGGGCUGCACAGACCGCCACGCCAGUGUUCAUCCAUCCGACCACUCAGAGGAUUCGUCUGGGUCACAGGAGACCAGGAUGGCCAGUUCACCAACUGGCUCCGAGAAGACACCCCUGGGACUUGUGCGGCCCCUCGCUGUGUGGCCAUGACUGUCCACACUUCUGAGAGCGCGCGUGAGAGCAGUGACAAUUUCCGGUGGGUCGAUGGCUCUUGUGCACUGCCGUUAGAUGGAUACGUUUGCCAGUACAACUACAAAGGAAUGUGUUCACCACUGGAGGACGAGGGUAGUGGUCCAGCUGUUUACACCACCCCAUUUCACCUUGUCAGCACACUGCUGACCCAUGUGCCCUAUGGGUCUGUAGCUACUCUUCCCUGCCCUGCAGAUGGCUCGGACCCAGAUGGUCGUGCUGAGCAGACAGUCCUGUGCAUUGAGAGAGACGACGAGACAGUGGGCUGGUCCAGGGAUGCCCCACUCUGCUCGACCAGUGCAGCUCCACCGAACCAGGACUGGUGUAACGGAGACCAUGGCUGUGAGCAGCACUGUCAGAACACAGACACAGACUACUACUGUUACUGCUCCGAAGGAUUCACAAUAGAUGAGGACGGGUACAGCUGCGAGCCCGAUCCCCUGAGCAAAACGGACCCCCCUGAAUUAUCCGCUGACUCCGCCGGUCCCACUGACCAGCCCCACAUCAAAGAGGUCUGUGUGGAGAUGGGGUGUGAGUACGACUGUUUGGAGACAAUGCGGGGCAUCCGCUGCACAUGCCCCCCUGGCUACCAAAUGGGUCCAGAUGGCCUAAGAUGUUCUGAUGUAGACGAAUGUAAACAGCAACCAUGCCCACAACUCUGUGUUAACAUCCCAGGCACCUUCCACUGCACGUGCAAAUCUGGGUACCAGCAAGAUGAUGAGGGAGAGUGUGUGGACAUCGAUGAGUGCCUGGAUGAGGGCAGCUGCGAAGGCACUUGUGAAAACACAGUGGGGUCCUUCACAUGCCAGUGUAAUCCCGGGUACAAAUUGAGCAGUGGAGGAAAGUGUAUAGAUAUAGAUGAGUGUGUGGGGGAGUCGCCCUGCCAGCAGCAGUGCCUCAACUAUAUGGGAGGGUACCAGUGUUACUGUGACAAUGGCUAUGACCUGCAGUCUGAUAGACUUACCUGCCAACCUUCGACUGAUGAUGAAGAAUAUUCCACUCUGACCCCUGACCCCAGUGGCUCCGCUCACAUACUUGACUUGGACCCAGACCAAGACAUUCCCUGGUCUACCUCAUUCAGCCCGGACCCAAACUUUGAAGCUGACACUAACUUUGAUGAUAACUUGCUGACAGGAGCCCCUGAAGUACUCUCCCCUGACAUGGAUCAUGGGUCAGACAAUCACCUGAACCAAUGGGAUGCCCUAGCACCUAAGCGAUAUCAGACAGCCCCAUCCCCGACGCAAAAAGACAACACAGGCAAUGAAAUUAAUAAUGAGGCUGAAACUAAGACAGAAGAUAGAGAAGCUGAUGGGAUGGGAGCUGAAACUGCAAACGGGUCAGCCACUGGAACUAAGGAGGGAUCUAAGGUGGAUGGUACGGAGAAUGUCAGCGGCACAGCAGAGGCAGAGGAUGGAUCUGCUGCAGGUAAAAGGAAGCAUGAUAAGAGCUGGCUACUGGUGGCCCUGCUGGUGCCUCUGUGUGUGUUCCUUGUAGUCAUGCUGGCUCUGGGGAUUGUCUACUGCACCAGCUGUGCUGUGGACAAGAGCCUGAGCUUUUCAAACUGCUAUCGCUGGAUACUCCCUACAACGCCUCCUGACAGGAGGGAUGUCAAAACCCAAGCAUGAACCCUAAAAUACACAAACACACACAGAUGUGUUAAGGCUCAAAUGUCUGUCAUUUCUCUUGUGGUGCAGAGCUGGUUACUAAACCUACCAUUUGGAUAAAGUGCAGCUAACUGGUUCUCCCAUUCAUCGAAGAAAACCUAAUACUUUCUGUUGCACACCCCUUGUAAAUAAUUCACUUUCUCGUCAUGUUUUUAGAAUUCAAUAAAACCAAUAAACUGAUGAAAUACUG